AUGUUAUAAAGAAAAAUAUUAGUACCAAUAAGAAGAAAAUAAUAAUUAGACACAUUGACAUAAGAUGAUUUUUAUUUCGAAAGUAGUUUAGAAAUGGUUGAAAUGGAUGAGAUAACAUCAAUGUUAGCUAAGAGAUUAAAGUUUGAAAAUUAAGAAGAAGGUACUAAUGAGACACUUAAAAUGAAAAGAUGUUGUUUUAAUGAUGAAAAAUUUAUAAAUUUUAAGCCAGGAUUAGAAAUAUUCACAAAAUAAUAGUAAAUUUCUUUAAUAGCGAAUGACAAAUAUACUAUAAAAUAGAUUAUUUAAUAGAAAAGUGGAGAGAAGAGAUUAAUUUAAUAAAAAAAUUUAAGUGAAUUUAAACAUGUGACAACAGGUGAAAUUAACUAUCUUGAGUAUAUAGGAUUUUCAGAUGUUAAGCAAACAUUAAAAUUAAAGAAGAGAAAGGGAUGCAGUGAAAUAACAAAGAAGAUUCAUAAAUUUUGA